AUGGACCGUCAAGACAACAGCAACACACAAGACUGGACGAACCUCUUCGUCAAGGACGCUCAAAGUGAGAGGCAGAAACGGGAAGAGCACACGAAAGAUAUAGAACAGUCCAUUGAGCAGUACACUACAGCAGCCCGACAGAAGAUCAAGGCAGCCUUGGGUCCGGAAGAGGCGGCCUUACUUCCGGUUCCACCGCCGCUUCCGCAGAACGCCGCCCUGGAUGAUAAGGCCGAGAAAUGA